AUGGCUGACAGCAUUCAAACUUCCGCGCAACAAGCACUACCUCUGACUCCAAUCGUAAUGUCUCAAACACGUCGUCAAAUGGUAUCUGAUAACAGUCUUCGAAUUCCCAAGGUUGUAGCAGCCUUGCGAAAAUGGGAAAUGGAUGAUGAAGACGAAGGAGAGACUUGUCCCAUCUGCUUUGAGAGCUUCAAAAAAGUCAAAAUUGAUGCAGAUGUGAAUGAUUCUUGUUCCGAUCCCUUGGAAUUGAAUGGCGGACAUGGAGGUUCCAUAGUCGUCACGCCUUGCAAUCAUAAAUUUGGGUAUAUCUGUUUGGGAAAUUGGCUUGUUCAGAAGGAUAGUUGUCCUAUGUGCCGUAGUACCAUUCUUCCCCUCGAUCCGCCACAAUCGGCUCAUGGCGCUCAACAAAGACAGCGUUCUUACUCCACCGAGCCGCAGACUACUCCCGCAGAUAUGCAACUUAUGGCAUCUACUCGUCCCAUAGCUCGAUCAACUUCUCAUAACAGUAUUCCAGUCACCACUCCAUUCGAACUACAAAGAUGGAAUGCUAGAUUUGGUCCAUUGAACAAUCACUUGGAAGAGGCUGGGAAUUUAGUGGCCGGGGAAACCACUCAGCCUAAUGUUCAUCUAUCUCCUGUUAGACCUAGUACUACUACACAUGGCCAUCCAGCUACACCUACUUCUACUAUAGUUGAGCCAGAAUUUACACGCCGCACUUAUAAUGCCAAUAUUACAACUUACGACUUAACACAUCGACCCAGAGAAAAUCAAACUUCGCACCUAACUCGACCAUCAAUUGAUCCUCCAUGGCGCAACUGGGAUUAUACUAGUCGUUACAGUUUAAGAGGGGAUAGAAGACAGAGAAGAAUUAUUAGCUCUGUAGCUGCAGCGGUAGGAGUAUCCGCAGGCCUGGGAUCUGUGAUUGGAAUGCCAAGAGCAGAAAUGAGAGAGCCAACAGGUAGAGAUAACAACGCUGCAAGCAGAACGGAGUCGGAUGAUGAUUAUUCGAUUGUUAGAGCAAUGGGUCACACUAUGGGUUUGGGAACAGUAGUUGGAAUGCCAAGAGCGGAGUGGAGAAGUACCAUGAGACCACUGUCACCAUGGGGUGAUACGAGCAGACCACGGUUGUCGAGAAGUGAAUCGGCAAAUGAUAGUAGUACCGAGACUUUACCUACGACAAGAAGUAGAGAAACGAGUGUGGAUGAGGAUUUGCGAAGAUUGCCGGGGUUGUCGAGUAGCAUGUGGGCUCGUACUUGGGGAUGA